AUGAUCCUUUUGGAGUCCCACAACGUCAUCAUCCAUGAUGUCCUCUCCGACCGCUUUGAGAGGCCCUCGCGCGCGGACAUUCAGUUCGUUGACUUUGACGCAGUGCGCUUCCACCUCUCGACGCCCGAGUCCAAGACUGUCAUUGUUCUGUCCAUGGCGAUCGAGUGCUGGUCCGACCUGGCCAAGUACGGCGCACGCGAGAGCCUCGAGAAGGAGUAUGCAGGGUACAUUGUCCCCGAGUCGGAGACUGAGCCCGAGUACAAUGUGUCACUGGCCAUCGACCUGGAGCGUCUCCCCGCGACUCAAGACGAGCGCGCUGAGCUCAUCCGCCACAUCUCCCUAAUCAAGCGCAACGCCAUUGCUGCGCCGUUCAACGCCGCGUUCGAGGAGCAGAAAGCACUCCAGGCCAACUAUAAGGACGCGGCGGGUGCGCAGAUGGCCGACGCGGGGCAGCAGGAGACCAAGGGCGAGCUGAUGACGAUCAACCACCGCGACGGAGAGGCCAUCUUUGUGCGCGCGUCUCACGACCGCGUCACUGUCAUCUUCUCGACUGUCUUCAAGGAGGAGACGGACCGCAUCUUCGGCCGCGUCUUCCUGCAGGAGUUUUACGACGCGCGCAAGCUCCAGUCUUUGCAGAGCGCGCCGCAGGUCACGUACUCGAACCGCGAGCCGCCGCUUGAGAUCCGCCAUCUCCCUGGGCUGAAGAGACACGAGAAUGUUGGAUACGUCACCUUCAUCCUCGCUCCCCGCCACUUUGCCAACCCGGCGCAGGCGUUCUCGACCAUCUCCCACAUCCAGCUCUUCCGCGACUACCUGCACUACCACAUCAAGUGCUCCAAGGCAUACAUGCAGUCGCGCAUGCGCUUCCGCGUCGCCGAGUUCCUCAAGGUGCUCAACCGCGCCAAGCCCGAGUCGGAGGAGAAGGAGCGCCGGACCGUCACGGGCCGCACGUUCCGUUCGCGCUAG